UUGUUGACUUUUUCAACAUAUUUGAUCAAGUAAAUGCUUGAGCCACUUUGAAACAGUGCCACUCGUAUUAUUAUGUCAUUAAGUCUUGACAUAUGCAGAGAUUGUUAAGUCUGUAAAGGAAUUUCAAGAUCUUAGUCAGUGUAGUUACUGAAAGUUCUCUCAUGCAGUUUGCCAUAGCAGUCUCUCAUCUGAACUUCUCCACAGCAAGCCAACAGCCAGUCAUUUGUGAGGUCUGUGGAACGUACUUUGAGACACGACGAGGGCUCUCCAGUCAUGCCCGCCUCCAUCUCCGCCAGCUUGGUGUGACGUUUUCAGAGAACAGUGGAGCUCCCAUAGAGCUCCUCUACCAGCUCAUCCAGGAGCGAGACGGCUCCCUCCCAAAUUUCAAAUCAGACUCCGCCUCUGUACCUGAGUCGACCCCUCUCACAAAAACACCCCAGCAGGAGUCACCUUCAGGGCAAGAGGACGCUAAUCCCUCCUACAAGCCGGGGGUCAGAGUCAUGACAACCCCCCAGAAGAUGGAUCAUCAGGGAUCCUCAUCAAGACUGAAAGAGUCAGGAGUUUCUCCCCUACCAUCAUCUCCUUCUGCUCUUCAGCCAGCAGAAGGCAGCAGUUCAUCUUUCUCAGAGCACCAAGCCACAACCAAACCGCUGUGGGCGCCGCUGGAAACUGAUGCCCCAAUCACUUUAGACACCAAUGAUGAAGUCCAUGUUUGUCACCUUUGCGGCUGCUGGUACGAGACACGCAAGGGCCUGUCGAGUCACGCUCGCUUCCAUCUGCGCCAGAUUGGAAUCCCUGACAGUGACAUCAAGGGCAACGCUAUUGAUUUUCUGUAUCGGGUCAUGGAGGAGGAGGACCUCAAGCCCAUCAUCAACAUACAACAGGGCGAGCUCACGUCAGACAGCUCUCUUCGAUCCUCUUCUAAACGUCCCUCUGAUCUGUCCUCUCCACCUGUGUCGCCCGCUGGCAAACGGCCUAAAACAUUGGAACCGUGUACCUGCGUUCUCUGCGGGGAGUCAUUUGAGAAUCGAAAAGGCCUGGCCAGCCAUGCUCGCUCUCACUUGCGUCACAUCGGAGUGAGUGAGUUAGUAGGGAAAAGCUCUGCAAUCGACGCUGUCCAGGAGCUGGUCAGCAGUGGGGUUUUAGAAGCUGUACACCAGCCCAAAAUGAAAAAUACAGCCAGCUCAUCUGCAGCACCAUCACCAGCACCAACCUCUCCUGCAGUCCCGGCUCUGUCUCCAGGUCCAAGUCAGUCAUGGACCUCCUUUUCGUCACCACCGCUUUCCUCAACUCCUGCAAAGAGCUGUCAUUCUCCUCAAGGUUUGAUAAACAGGGCGCCAAAGGCUAAGAAAGGUUUUCGGCUAGCCGUGGACCCCCUCCUCAGGAAACCCAAGCCCGAGCCUGUCGAGACAGAUGUGUCUGUUCAACCGAAGACAUCCAGCACUAGCAGCAGCUCUCCUCUGCAGAAGUCGCCUCCUGCCAUCGUUUCUCCAAAGCCUGUAGAAUCAGGCGUGCAAUCCCCACCAACAGUUCUUUGUGACUACUGUGGGCAGCUGUUUGAGACCCGUAAAGCCCUGUCGUGUCACGCUCGCGCCCACCUCCGUCAGCUCGGCCUCACCUGGUCCAUCAAAACAUCGCCAAUCGAUCUCCUCAAAGAGGUCAUGCUGAACAAUGAAGAAGGCAAGAAAGACUCAGCGCUCAGUCGGCCUUCAGCAUCAGGCAAAGCCACGUGGACUCAUCAGGGCUCCAGAAGGUCCCUGGACAGCUUCACAUCUAGAGAGUCUGCCUCCAGCAUCUGUACCUCACCUCUCGAUUAUUCCAUGAAAGAAAAAUCUCCAUCUGGCAAGAGUGGGUCAUCACACGCUGACACAUCCUGUGAGCUUUGUGGGUUCGACUUUGAAAACCGCAAGGCCCUGGCCAGUCACGCUCGGGCCCACCUCCGACAGCUGGGCAUCAUCGAAUGGAAGGCGGAUGGAGCGAGUUCACCGAUUGAUCUCCUCAGUGAGUUGAUCCGGAGGGACCCAGACAAGGUGGCAGAAAUAACCAGACGCUACCGCAUGGGAGACCUUUACAUCAAGAAGUCUCAGAGGCCUGCAGCUUCGCCCUCUCUGUCCACGGACUCUGACUCGGUGGCUGGCAGCAGCCUCAAGUUUUCACAAGGCCACACUCGCACUAUGGCAGUCCACAGCAACCCCAAUUUGCGCUCCCCAAGAGGGGUCCAUCCACCAAAAAAAUACGUAGUGCCUAAAGGGGAGGGAAAUCAGGACAACAACUCCCAUCAACCAUCACGGUCCGGCAGCAUCCCUGCGCUACUGCCAAAGCCUCCACUAACUCCACUGGUCAAGCUGGUAGGAAAAAUCUACUCCCUCAAGUGCAGGUUCUGUGAAGAAGUGUUUCAUGGACCUCUGUCAGUUCAGGAGCAGUGGAUCACACACCUGCAGAAACACAUCCUGUCGCUGGGCUACAAAGGCAAAGCGUCUCCUCCCACCACACCUGUGGCCGCGCCAGCGCUCGUCCAUCCUGUAGCAGUGUAGGGUCCUGAGUUUCAAAUGUCCAAACCCAAGAAGAAGUGUUGUCUUUAUGUUUACUUGUAGUGCGUAGUUUGUCUUCUUGUCCUGGAGAGGGCGAGCGUGAGCCAUAUGAGGAAAGCAGCACAAUGCAAUCCACUCAGGUGAAAUCCACAAGACAUAACCGAUUACAUCACAGAUCACUGGAUGUUUUUUUUUUUGUUUUUUUUGGUGGGGGGGAAGCAAACAUCACUCAUUUUGACAGGCAGGACUUUCCUUUCGUCCGCUCUCACAUUCCUUCCACACAUGUUUCAACUGUGUUUGCUGUUUCCCACAACUCAAAAUGAAUUUCUCUUUAUUUUUGUCCUACUGACUAGACUGCUACAGUUGCCAUUUCACAUGUAUACAUAUGAAUUGAGCCUUGUUUUAUACAUUCAUUUUCUAGUUGUUUUACUCCAAGUAUGUAAGAAUUUCUUUUACUUUCAUCAGAUGGAAAUGUUUCUGUAUAACACGACGCUGAUACCACAACAUUAGAUGCCAUCAGUGUUGAAAAAUAUUACUAUAAUAUUUCAACAAAAUCUUGUCCUCAGCAGUAGAGUUUCUGUUACAUUUCCUUUUUUAAACUUAUUAUAUAAAUUAAAUUAUGUCUUGUAUAUAAAUGAGAUUUCUAGUGUAUGGGGCAUGCAUUUUUUUUAUUUCCAAAUGUCAUGCAAAUGCCAAGUGAAUGAAUCUGUUUGUAUCAAUUUACAAUUACAAACAACCUCAGUCUCACCAGCAGCCACAGCUACAGCUUGUUGGCCUUUUCAAUGGACACAGUAUAAACAUCUUAGCAGUUUUGAAUACAAUCCAAUACACUGAACUGUUUUCCAUGAAUUUCACCAGAACCUGUCAUGCCUUACCAGCUUGUGUUUGUGUUUCUUGUUAUUUACAUCAUGCUUUCCUCUCUCUGUGUCCCA